CUAAGCAUAGAACACUGCUGCUGACUCUUGUCCGUUGCGUCGCUUUUCACCAAUCUUGCUUAAUCGAGUCACAAAUUCUUCUCCAGUCAGCCGUCAUUACGCCAUGAAAGGCACGCCAAGUUUAAAUUACGCUCCCUGGCUUAAGAACCUUCAUCCCCCAUUGCCCCGGACUCCUCGGCAGUCGCAACAACUCCUCAAUGCCCUCACAUCCUCCUUUCGGCGUCAACUCGAUCGCGAAUAUCCUGCCGCCCGUACCCCUACUCUCGAUAAAGAUGAAGUCUCCGAGGACCAUCCGCCGAAGAAUCCCGAGUCUUCCAGCUAUGCGACGGACAAACAUCUCCAAUCAAUCUUAGACAAUCCGCUGUUCCGAGUACAACCCCGCAAGGAGGUCAGGGUCAAGGACCCGACUCAGGACGCCAGACUGGCAAAAGAACCCAUGGUGGUAUUUGAAGAGUUGGCCGCCGCGGGCAAUGUCACCUCCUCUGCUUUGAGCAAUUGUCUGGUGUCUCAGUUACUCCUACUGAGUGGCAAGAAGUCGGGCGAUGACUUUGUCAAGGCAAUGAGGGAUUCUAGGACUGCAUCAAGAAUUGCCAGUUGGUGGUCUGCCUCCGAUCCGCAGUCUAGACGAUUGUUGUUCCUGCCGCAAAUAACACCUCUCAUUACCAAGUUUCUGGUUGCUGAAAAUAUGCAAAACGUAGCUUCAACUUGGUUAAAGUUGCUAGCACAGCAAGACGCCCUUGGAGGUGAGACGUUCCGACUCAAGAAGAAAGACGCGCGGAUCUGGUUCGGUGGGCUUCUGAAUGACCUCGUGCUUGCUGAGGCUCGGUAUGGGGGUGGAAUAGAGUCCGCAAUGCGACUGUACGUUUCCGCCGGUAGCAUCAGUACUCUUGAUCAGACUUCGAUAAUAGACGACGAGUUCUGGAAGGCAACCCUCCUUUCUGCUGGGGGCCAUCUCGGCCAACAAAUCAUACAGAAUGAACCGGAACAUGCCGGUGGCGUGGAGCCAAACCUCUAUGAGGACUAUGUACACAUCAUCAACACCGUGGCUGCCAAUUCGUUGCUUCAUGCCUGUGUGUGUAUGCAUCAUCCCACGCAGCCGGAUGGCAGGCCCUACGUUCUCUAUGUCCAAGCGCUCCCACAGGAUCGGACCGCAUCAUGGUCCAAGGUGAGACGGGAGCAUUUCAUGCGUGCUGGCUUCACAGCCCUUCGAAUCCUGCUUGAUCAAAAUAGGACUGUGCAUGCUACUUGGCUGGCAAAGUAUAUGCAGAAGACGAUAUCACAGCAUCUCGAUCCCGAGGAAGUACAAUCAGCUCAAUUUGAGUUGGCACGCCUCGAGCCCGCUUGAUGGCUUUCUGCACAAAAAAGCUAGACACGCUGUCCGAGGAGAAUUCGCACGUCUUGCGCCGAUGCAAACACAUAGGUGCAAGGAUAAGCUGGUAGUAAUUUCGGCUUUCGAUAAUAGAUCAUGAUGAUCCAUUCGAAUACAUCUAUGUCACUACGUCCUUGCUCACGAUCACACGAAAUCAGCGCACCUACUCCGUUCACCAAUGGCUUAGCCCUUUGAAAGAGCGAACCAAUUCUAGUUCUGCUUUGUCUAUGGAGAGUGCGCUGCAAUCAGUUUGCGCAACUAACUACUGAAUACUACCUAGUCGUUAUCGACCACCAAGGCUUAUUAAUCUUCCGUGAUCCAAGCCGC